CCCCUCCCCGUCGGUGCGCGGGGGCACGUGACAGCGAUACGCCCGGAGGCCAAGAUAAUCUUUGCAUCGUUCUUGGUCUCGGUUUCGGGGAGUUUUAUAUGGCCGCGAGGGCUCAAUUAUUAUGGAGCUCUCUCUCUCUCCCUCUCUGUGAUGUGUUGUUAAGCUGCGGAGCUAAAAAGGGGUGCUCGUCAGCUACCCUGGUGUGGCUGGUCAAGUACGCUUCCGAAUUAAAAGCGCUCUGGCCUGCCUGCUCUCCCUCCCCGGCCGGCCGCGUCCUCUCCGCCCGCCCUCCCCGCAUUUCUCGAUUCCUUCUUCCACCGGAAACAAACAAUGUCUCCGGCGCCGAGCUCGCAUCAGUCGCAGAUGAAUUCGAGGAAGGAGAAGCGCAUGAGGAAGGUGGACACCUUCGCGCCGCACAACGACGGACACCAAUGGAGGAAGUACGGCGAGAAGAAGAUCAACAACACCAACUUCCCCAGGUACUACUACAGAUGCACCUACAAGGACAACAUGAACUGCCCGGCGACGAAGCAGGUGCAGCAGAAGGACCACAGCGACCCGCCAUUGUACGCGGUCACCUACUACAACGAGCACUCGUGCAACAGCGCCUUCCUCCCGCUCUCCCCCUCCGAGUUCCAGCUCCAGACCUCCUCGGGAAAGGCCGUCUCCAUCUGCUUCGACUCGUCGUCCGGGCCGGCGGCGCAAGAACCGCCGUCCGCGGCGGCGGCGGCGGCCACCAAUGCCAGCGGCGGCUCGCCCUCCUCCAGCGCCGCGGCGCGGCGAGGCACGCCCCCGGAGAUCAGCAACCCACCCGUGCUGCGGCGCUCGGAGACGUACCCGUGGGGCGCGGGCGCCGUGGAGCAGAAGCCGGCGUCCUGCAGCACCGAGUGCCACGACGCGUUCGCGGCUAGCGCCGGCGCGGUGCCGGAGGAGGUGGUAGAUGCAGGCAGAUUUGGGUCCAUCAGGUUCUUCCAUUUUUUGUAAAUUGAUCAGUGGAAGGCAAUUGAUUUUACUCCAAGAAACUAAUAUGAUACAGAUGUCUUUUUUCCUUUUGUUCCUUUACGUGCCGCAGAGUACUAGAGAUUCGCAUGUUACUUUUGUUUCCUUGGUUCAAAAAAUUCGAAAUACCACUGCUAAUUUAAAUGCAA